AUGGCAAACUAUAACAAGAGUCGUUCCAUCGGCGUUGAAGAUGAAAUAAGAGCUCGCGGGGGUGAAGCAAGCCGCAAAAAGUCAGUAAAGGAUCCCUUACCAGAAGUCAAAGCUGUUGUUCCACACAAUCAUGUGUCUGCCAAAAUUCAUUCUCAGCCAACACGUAAAGUCGAUACCCCAUCUGGGUUAGAAAAUUUUGGAAAUACGUGCUACAUAAGCGCUACUCUACAGUGUUUACGUAGCACGGAAGUUAUUCGGACAUAUUGUGUUGAAAAACGCUACGAGAAUUCUCUUCUUGCUUCCUCAAAAUCAAGCGGUGAUCUAUUUCCAGCCUUUGCGAAUCUGAUAACACGAAUGCAUUUGACCAGCAAUGGAACCGUUGGAUCGAACUACAUUCAAAAGUUCAAAAACGCAUUUACUAAGAUCGUUCCAAUAUACAAUGGAAACUUACAGCAGGAUGCCCUUGAAUUCUUCACCUACCUCCUGGACGCACUGCACGAAGAAAUCAAAGACCGUCCUGAUUCGCCCUCUUCGACGGAGCAGCAGUCGUCAAAAACACCGCCCGUUCUGCCAGCCAAUCGAAAGAGGCGCCAUCGACUGCGGUUUGGCGGGCUCAAAGCCACCACCAGUAGCGUCCAGUUGGCAUCCAACGACGCCUUCGAUGAAUGCCAACUCGCCAGUGCCAUGGCCUCUAAACCGCCCUCACCGGUGCUUCCCAAAUCAACGAGGAAGUGGUCGUUACGCGUUAUUUUACCGAAAUACGUCAAGCCCAAGGUGCGGCCCCUCUCCACCGGGUGGAUUGACAGGCAGACUCUCGACGCCUGCCGAGCUGCGGUCAAUUCCGCCGAAGCAAUCGCGGAUGAGAAGAGUUUCCUGAAAGACACCUUCGUUGGCCACCUCCAGACGCACUUGCAGUGCCUCCAGUGCAACAACGUCUCGAAACAUGACGAACUCUUCUGGAAUUUGGCCCUUUGUGUUCCCGAGGUUCAUUCACCCGACAAGGCGGUCCCCAGUGAUGCCACCAAGACCACUGCCACCGCUCCUCCCCCCACUCCCGAUGCCUCGGUGACCCUCGAUGACUGUCUCCGUGCUUUCACGAAAGCCGAAAUCCUCGAUGGCCUGGAUAGACCCAACUGCGAACACUGCAAGAUGCCAACGAAGGCUCGAAUCCAAGCCGUGAUCUCAAAGCUGCCCAGGAUAUUGGUGCUGCGUAUCCUUUUCCGGUUCAUCACCCAACACACCUAG